GUGCUGAGCCGCGGGAAGGGAAGGCAGCGCGGCCGGCCGGAGCGUCGACGGCAGCCCAAGCAGGAGCUGGACCUCCCCGCUGGACCUCUGUUCGCCCCUCGGGGGAAUCCUCUCGGCGGGACCCCUGGCCGGCGGGACCAAACAGUAGCUGCCUUCUCCCCCUCGUCGUCGUCCUCCUCUUCCUCAGCAUGCUCCAGCCGGGGCGCCUCGUCCAGCUGCUGACUUUGAUGAAGUUGCCUUGGUGCCUGCUGGAGUUCCUGCUCUCGGCCGUGGCGCAGGGCCAGGAGAUGUACGCCCCUCACUCCAUCCGCCUGGAGGGGGACAUCACCUUAGGGGGGCUCUUCCCCGUCCACGCCAAGGGGCCCACCGGCGUGCCUUGCGGGGACAUCAAGAAGGAGAACGGGAUUCACCGCCUGGAAGCCAUGCUCUACGCCCUGGACCAGAUCAACAGCGACCACGAGCUGCUGCCCAACGUCACCCUCGGGGCCAGGAUCUUGGACACCUGCUCCCGGGACACCUACGCGCUGGAGCAGUCGCUCACCUUCGUCCAGGCGCUCAUCCAGAAGGACACCUCCGACGUGAGGUGCACCAACGGGGAGCCGCCGGUGUUUGUCAAGCCGGAGAAAGUGGUGGGAGUGAUUGGGGCGUCUGGGAGUUCCGUGUCCAUCAUGGUAGCCAACAUCUUGAGGCUCUUCCAGAUCCCCCAAAUCAGUUAUGCUUCAACUGCACCAGAAUUAAGUGACGACAGGCGCUAUGAUUUCUUCUCACGAGUGGUUCCUCCAGAUUCUUUCCAGGCCCAAGCAAUGGUGGACAUAGUGAAAGCUUUGGGAUGGAAUUAUGUCUCCACAUUGGCUUCUGAAGGAAAUUAUGGAGAAAAAGGCGUGGAAUCUUUUAUGCAAAUUUCAAGAGACUCAGGUGACCUCUGCAUUGCCCAGUCAUUGAAAAUCCCACAGGAUCGCAAAGACAAGACCUACGAAUUUGAUAAAAUUAUCAAGCUGCUCCUAGAUACUCCCAGAGCCAGGGCUAUCAUUGUCUUUGCCAACGAUGAGGAUAUAAAGCAAAUCCUUGCAGCAGCAAAAAGGGCUGAUCAAGUUGGCCAUUUUCUGUGGGUGGCAUCAGACACUUGGGGCUCCAAAAUGAACCCUGUCCUUCAACACGAAGAUGUCGCUGAAGGAGCCAUUACCAUCCUGCCAAAGAGAGCAACAAUAGAAGGAUUUGAUGCCUACUUCACCUCACGUACGCUGGAGAACAAUAGAAGAAAUGUAUGGUUUGCAGAGUACUGGGAAGAAAACUUCAACUGCAAGUUAACGAUUAGUGGGUCAAAAAAGGAAGACACGGAUCGUAAAUGCACGGGACAGGAGAGAAUUGGGAAAGACUCGCACUAUGAGCAAGAGGGUAAAGUUCAGUUUGUGAUCGAUGCUGUUUAUGCCAUGGCUCAUGCCCUCCAUCAAAUGAACAAGGAUCUGUGCACUGAUUUUUCUGGUGUUUGUCCAGAGAUGGAACACGCAGGGGGCAAGAAGUUGCUGAAGUACAUACGCAGUGUUAACUUCAACGGCAGUGCUGGCACGUCAGUGAUGUUUAAUAAGAAUGGGGAUGCACCGGGACGUUAUGACAUCUUUCAGUUCCAAACUACCAACACAAGCAGCCCAGGUUACCAUUUGAUUGGCCAGUGGACUGAUGACCUGCAGCUGAAUAUGGAUGAAAUGCAGUGGGGAAAGGGAGUGAAGGAGAUCCCUUCUUCUGUCUGCAGUCUUCCUUGUAAACCAGGAGAACGAAAGAGGAUUAUUAAAGGGAUGUCCUGCUGUUGGCAGUGUGAGCUGUGUGAUGGAUACCAAUAUCAAUUUGAUGAAGAAAACUGCAAAGUCUGCACCUACAAUCAGCGACCCAAUGAGAAUCGAACCGGAUGCAGCCCGAUCCCUAUUGUAAAGCUAGAGUGGCAUUCCCCAUGGGCUGUCAUUCCAGUUUUCCUGGCCAUGCUUGGAAUUAUUGCCACCAUUUUUGUUAUGGCAACCUUUAUUAGAUACAAUGACACCCCAAUUGUGCGGGCUUCUGGAAGGGAACUCAGCUAUGUUUUAUUGACGGGGAUAUUUCUAUGUUAUAUCAUCACUUUCUUAAUGAUUGCCAAGCCAGAUGUUGCAGUGUGUUCCUUUCGGCGUAUCUUCCUUGGAUUGGGUAUGUGCAUAAGUUAUGCUGCACUGUUGACUAAAACAAACCGUAUUUACCGCAUAUUUGAACAGGGCAAAAAAUCAGUGACAGCGCCCAGGCUUAUUAGCCCAACAUCACAGCUAGCAAUCACAUCAAGUUUGAUAUCAGUACAGCUUUUGGGGGUUUUCAUUUGGUUUGCGGUUGACCCUCCCAACAGUUUUGUAGAUUAUGAUGAACAGAAGACUAUGGAACCAAAUCAAGCCAGAGGAGUUCUCAAAUGCGACAUUACGGAUCUACAAAUCAUAUGUUCCUUAGGGUAUAGCAUUCUGCUAAUGGUUACAUGUACUGUGUAUGCCAUCAAGACUCGGGGUGUCCCAGAGAAUUUUAAUGAAGCCAAACCCAUUGGAUUCACUAUGUACACUACCUGUAUAGUAUGGCUUGCCUUCAUUCCAAUAUUUUUUUGCACUGCCCAAGCAGCAGAAAAGCUCUACGUACAAACUACCACACUUACAAUAUCCAUGAACUUAAGUGCUUCAGUGGCCCUGGGGAUGCUUUACAUGCCGAAAGUGUACAUCAUCAUCUUCCACCCCGAACUAAAUGUCCAGAAGCGGAAACGCAGCUUCAAGGCAGUAGUGACAGCAGCGACCAUGUCAUCACGACUUUCACACAAAGCUAGUGACAGACCUAAUGGGGAAGCAAAAACAGAACUUUGCGAAAAUGUAGACCCAAACAACUGCAUACCACCUGUAAGAAAGAGUGUACAAAAAUCUGUUACUUGGUACACUAUUCCACCUACAGUAUAGCUCUUGCCUGCUUUCUUAGAAGGCCCUGCUGCAAAAAAGAAAUAUGUCAGUUAUAACAACUUGGUUAUCUAGUCCGCUGCAUCAGAUGGAGUCAUGGGAGGAUGGAGAUUUUUCUUCCAUUCAGUUACCAAACCUGUUGUAGGCCUGUUCCUGGAACUGCAGCAUAUGCACUGCUGAAGGUGUUGAAAGGUCAGGCAGUUACUAUGGAGGAUCUAAGUAUUCUGAACAGCUGUUCUACGGAAAAAAAAGAAAUCCUUAAAUUAUUCUUGGCUUAAUAAGUCACUGGCACUGCCAUUAGGCUGCGAUGUGGGACCUUUUUCUUUGUAUUGGAGAUGCGAUCUAUUGAGUACCCAGCUCCAACCUGUGAGAAGACCUGGCUUCUCUUAGGUGAACUACACUUGGCAACGGUAACUUUCAAGGGGCUAUUUUGUCUUUAUAUGUACUUCCAAACUGCAAGAUUUUGAACUUUCUGUACAGUUUGUGAGAGAUUUUUUUUUUCCGCAUCUUGCCAUCCUUGUCAUUUCAGAGGGUCACCAUUGGUUUGGAAUGCACAGUAUCUUGCAAGCCCUGUUCUUUCCCAUUUUAACACAUCAAAGAAACAAGACAGUCUCUAAGACUGAGAGUUUAUGUUAUGUACAUGAUGUGUAUAUUGAUGACUGUACCACUGCAAUUCAUAUAUUAUUUUUUAAUUAAUUUUUUUAAAAAAAUUACUAAAGACCAAAAACUGUGCUGACAAAGCAAGCCCCUCACUUUGUCCCCCCCCAACUCCAUUCUCUGCCUUUCAUCAUUCUGAUGGCAACAGAGAAAGCAGGGGAAAAACAAAACAAAAGGAUUGCUGAAUUUUGAUAGAGGUUGUCUUGAUAUUUGGAAUGCAUGCCAGUAAUGUAAUUUUACGGUACAUGUUAAUAAUUUAUGUUGGAUAUUUGUAUUUGUGUUUCUAUUUUGUUAUUUUCAUUAAGGUAUAUAACUAUUUUGCAAUAAUUUCAAUAAUUCUUAUGGUAUUUGGAAGAAUGACAAUGGCUUUUACAUGUCUUGAAAAGGAUUUUUAUUUUUAAUUUUGUUGAUGCCCCACUAUUGACUGACUGAUGUGAUUAAAAAAGAAUUUUAAGGGGGGGGAAGCAUGUAUGUUUUAUACUGUUUGUAAUAAGUAAUUUCGUUAAUCUUGCUGCUUAUGUGCCAAUUUAGUGAGAACAAUCUUUGCCGCAGAACUCCCCUCUUUCCAUAUUCUCAAUCCUGUGAUAUUGUCCAAGAAUGUAUCAAUAAAACAUUUUGGUUAACUUUU